CGUUAACAGAAUUUGCCUGGAAACUGUCAGUUCAAAACUUUUUUUUUAAUUCUUGUAAAUUGUACAAUAAAUAAUUCCGAGAUGGGAAACUUAGUGACAAAAUUAACUACAAACAACGUUGAACUAAACGAAAGUGAUGCUAGCGAUGAUAAUAUUAAAGUAGAAAAAGAGAAAACACCAAUUUCUCAAACACAAACAAAAACAGGACUAUUUAAAAACAUUUGGUCUUAUGAUCCUCGAAGUCCUUCAAGUUUGAUCAAUCGUACACCAAUUUCGAUAUUCCGCAGCAACUCUGCCGGCAAGUUCAACCAUAAAGAAUUAAAUGAAUCGAUAGAAUCUCAAGUUGACAUGGAUAUUCUUACACCACAAGAACGAGAUUCGCUAGAGGCUAACACUGAUCUUGUAACUAUUGAAUCUAAAAAUGAAGAAACGAAUUUGGAUGAAGAUUUCAGCAAACUUCCUGACCCAAGAUCACCAAUAACUGAAAUCACUCGAACUCCAAUAGUCGCAAGCUCAAGUGAAGAAACAAAAAAGAAAAAGGAUGACAAUUUGGUAAAGAAACUGGCUGAUAAACUCAUCUCAACUGCUCUUUCAAAUGACGAGAAAAACGACGAGAAAAUUGUCACAAAAAAAUCGAAGAACACUAAAAAUCUAAUUUUUGAGGACGAUGAGACGAACAUGAACAUUUUUUCAACUCCCCCAAAGAAGGUACUCUUAAAAGAAAGUGAACCAUCAUCCAGAACUCCACUGAGUUGUGUUGCCAACACACACACGCCGAAAGCUAAUUCAAAGGCAUUCAUUUCGACGUCGACUCCAAAAUCUAAGUUAAACAACAAUGAAAACUCCAAAUCCAUAUCACGCAUUCCUGUCUCGAGUGCUCGAAGAAUUCAUUAAUUUUAUGACAUAUUUUCAUAGAUUUUUCCAACUUUAUCGAUAAAUUUUCUUUUGUGUGCUUCAUUUUUUGUUUUACAUUCAUAAAACUCUUAAAUUUCAUUUUUAACUUUAAACAUAAUUAACAUUUUUUACAUAGAAAUUGUUCUUUUAAUGAGUAUGAAUAAAAAAUUAAAAAGAUUUAAUUAAACUCAAUUUGUCAUUUUGAAAGUUUCAAGUUUUUAUUAAUCUGUGAUUAUUAAUUGGGGGAAAGCAAAUGAAAAACAGUGUCGGGGAACUUAAAUCGUCAAAUAAAUGGGCGUAAACUAAAAUGGAUGAAUUUUUGUUAAUUAAGUCUAAGUAAAUGAUUUAAUUAUUUUAUUUAUGUGAA